AAAAAAUAAAAAGUUGGCACGCGACAAUGUGGUAGGAUUAUCGGCUGCUCCUUCUAACACUGUCACUCGCCGUACGGACAUGAUCCAUAUCUCAGAUGACCAUACUAACAUUCAACCCCGUUCACAACUCACUACCUCGAACCAACCACAACGAUGCACACAAGUUGCACCUAAUGAGUGCUCAUCUACCGGAGGAAUGAUCAUCCAAUCGCUGAAUAUUAUAAACUUGUCCAGUGUUAUUCUAUCCGCCACAGAACUCUCAUUGUGUUCCAGAGGCCUCAGCUUCUGCCCCACGUCAGGAGAAUACAAUGAAUUCCAAAUAUAUAAGGACCUCGAUAACUUCGCAAGAAACCUGAGACUCAGAGAGUAUUUCCACGAUCAUCCGCAAGACACCAGAGAGCGCAUUCCUAAUACUUCGAAUAAGUCAUGGACUCCAAAAGAGCAACGCGACAAGUACCUUGAUUUGUACAUUGAAUCGGUACAGCGUGAUGUGAUCAGAAACUAUCAACAACGAAAAUGUCUACGUCACAAUCUCACUCCUGCUGAACGCAUCGCUAUGCGUGAACUCAGCUCAAGAGAUGAUAUUAUUAUUAAACCUGCUGACAAAGGAGGAGCCAUAGUUUUUAUGAAUAAGCAAGACUAUCUAGAUGAAGGAUUUCGCCAGCUAAUGAACCAACAAUUUUACAAAGAACUUCAAGCAGAUCCGACCAAAAAAUUCACUAAACUAAUAACGGACACUUUGGACUUAAUGCUGGAUAAUGGAGACAUUUCGGAGGAGAUGCAUAAAGCAAUGAAGCCGGCCUAUCCAAAGGCUGGCCGCUUUUACACAUUACCUAAAAUUCACAAACAAGGAAAUCCAGGACGACCAAUUGUAUCCGGA